CCGACGUCGUCGUCCAUAGGACUCAUCACUUUACUACUCCUACUACUCCGUCGCGGCGUCGCCUCUCUCCACUCCGGUGAAGUCUCCGACCCCCACCCUCCCCUUCUGCGCGCGCGCGCGCGGAGAAGCUAGGCGCCGCUCUCGAUCGGUCCUCGCGGCUUCGGAGCAAGCGAGCGAGCGAGAGGAUAUAUACGAUCGAUCGAAAGAGGAAGGAAUCCUGAAGGUUUGAUACUUCGAUUUCCCCCUCCUCGUUCUGCCACCUUCUUCUUCGAGCUUGGGGACGGAUCGAGCAGCUGGGGUGUUCUGUCUUCCUCGCAACAAGAUCCUGAAAUUUUGGAGUUCUGCUGUCGACGAUAUGAGUGGUUGCUGCUGAUUAUCUUACAGACAUGGCCAAUUUCUUCAGAGCUGUACUCUGUGCAGUAACUCUUGUGGUGCUGCUCCCCUUCUUAGAGGCUGAAGAUGAGAAAUCUACUGAUCCUAACGAAGUCAUUGCACUUAUGGCUAUCAAGGGAGGCUUAGUUGAUCCUAUGAACUACCUCAAGAAUUGGAAUAGGGGAGAUCCAUGCAGAUUAAAUUGGACAGGGGUCUUCUGCCAUGAUACGAAUGAUGCAUACCUUCAUGUGACAGAAUUACAACUGUUUAAGAGGAACCUCUCUGGAAAUUUGGUACCUGAGGUCAGUCUUCUAUCUCAGCUGAAAAUAUUGGAUUUUAUGUGGAACAAUUUAACAGGUAGCAUCCCUAAAGAGAUAGGCAAUAUCACUACACUCAAACUUAUAUUAUUAAAUGGCAAUCAGCUAUCGGGUAUUUUGCCAGACGAGAUUGGCAACCUUCAAAACUUAACAAGGUUACAGGUUGAUCAAAACCUACUAUCUGGCCCAAUACCUAAAUCAUUUGCCAACUUAAAGAGUGUGAAACAUCUUCACAUGAACAAUAAUUCUUUAAGUGGGCAAAUCCCGUCCGAAUUGUCCAGACUGCCUACACUUUUUCACCUUCUUGUUGAUAACAACAAUUUGUCUGGGCCUCUACCUCCAGAACUAGCUGCGGCACCAGCCUUGAGAAUACUUCAGGCUGACAACAAUAACUUCAGCGGAAGUUCCAUCCCUGCUCUGUAUAGCAACAUGUCCACACAAACACUAGUUAAACUGAGUCUUCGAAACUGCAGUUUGCAGGGUGCUAUUCCCGAUCUGAGUGCAAUGCGUCAACUUGGUUAUUUGGAUCUUAGCUGGAACCAGUUGACAGGAUCUAUCCCACCUAAUAAGCUUGCUUCAAAUAUCACUACAAUUGAUUUGUCACAAAACAUGCUUAAUGGAAGUAUUCCAUCAAACUUCUCAGGGCUUCCUAAUCUUCAGUUAUUGUCAGUUAAAAACAAUAAUUUAGAUGGUUCUGUUCCCUCAACAAUUUGGGAUGGCGUCGACCUUUCAAGAAACAGAAGUCUUGUGCUGGACUUCCAAAAUAAUUCCCUCCAGAUGUUUCCGGCUGGAAUUAAUCCUCCACAAAAUGUUACCGUCUUGCUAUAUGGAAAUCCUAUAUGUGAGAAUUCUGAUGGAACUCUGGUAACUAACCUUUGCCGACCCCAGUCAGUAAACCUGGAAACAUCUAAACAGAAAACAAGUACUACCAUGGUUUGUGGAACUUGCCCAACAGAAAAAGAUUACGAGUACAAUCCUUCAUUCUCGGAACAAUGUUUUUGUGCGGUGCCACUUGGAGUAGGGAUUCGAUUGAAGAGUCCAGGAAUCAAAGACUUUCGUCCAUAUGAAGAUGCUUUCAAGAUUGAUCUAACUUCUUUGUUGCAGCUGUUUCCUUACCAGCUAUAUAUUGACAACUACAUAUGGGAGGUUGGUCCAAGGCUAGAUAUGCAUCUAAAGUUAUUUCCAAGCAAUACAAGUUUGUUAAAUAUGUCUGAGAUUGUCCGACUCAGACACGUACUUGCUGGAUGGGAAAUUACACUUUUAGAUGUAUUUGGCCCAUACGAGCUUCUCAAUUUCACGCUUGGUUCUUAUGAAAAUGAAUAUCCUAAUCUGGCUUCAUCAGGUUUAAGCAAAGCUGCACUGGGUGGUAUCUUAGCAGGCGCAAUAGCUGGUGCCAUUGCACUUUCUGCAGUAGUUACUGCUCUGAUAAUGAGAAAGCAUUCAAGAACUAAGGCAAUUUCAAGACGUUCAUUGUCGAGAUUUUCUGUCAAAGUUGAUGGGGUUAGGUGCUUCACAUAUGAAGAAAUGGCUGCUGCUACAAAUAAUUUUGACCUAUCAGCUCAAGUUGGUCAAGGAGGUUAUGGAAUAGUCUAUAAAGGAACUCUAGCUGAUGGAACAGUUGUAGCAAUCAAAAGGGCACAUGAGUAUUCUCUUCAAGGUUCAACAGAGUUUUGCACAGAAAUAGAGUUGUUGUCUAGAUUGCAUCAUCGGAAUCUGGUUGCAUUGGUUGGUUACUGUGAUGAAGAAAAUGAACAGAUGCUGGUUUAUGAAUUCAUGUCAAAUGGCACUUUACGUGAUCACCUUUCUGCAAAGUCAAAACAACAUCUCAGUUUCGGUUUGAGAUUGCACAUUGCAUUGGGUGCUUCAAAGGGAAUUCUGUAUCUACACGCCGAAGCAGAUCCUCCUAUAUUUCACCGUGAUGUUAAGGCCAGCAAUAUACUGUUGGAUUCCAAGUAUGUUGCUAAGGUAGCUGACUUCGGACUUUCGAGGCUUGCUCCAGUGCCAGAUGUUCAAGGGACAUUACCAGCUCAUGUUUCGACUGUUGUUAAGGGCACCCCUGGUUACCUUGAUCCAGAGUACUUUCUGACUCAUAAAUUGACGGACAAAAGCGAUGUGUAUAGCCUUGGAGUUGUUUUUCUUGAGAUGUUGACUGGGAUGAAGCCUAUUGAGCAUGGUAAAAACAUAGUGAGAGAGGUAAAAAAGGCUUACCAAUCAGGCAAUAUAUCUGAGAUCAUGGAUAGCCGGAUGGGCUUGUGUCCACCAGAGUGUGUCCAGAGUUUCUUCGUAUUGGCAAUGAAGUGCUCGAGGGAUGAGACCGAUACCAGGCCAUCCAUGUCAGACAUUGUUAGAGAACUUGAGCUCAUCUUGAAGAUGAUGCCAGAGGCCGAGCUUAUCCCGCUAGAAACUCCAGAAACAUACUCGGGACCUAUGACUAAAUCCACAUCAAACUCAAGAAAUGGGAAUUACUUGGUCUCAUCUCAAACUUUUACUAGUGCUGAUGCAAGUAGUAGCGUGCUUUCUGGGAUGGUGACUCCUCGGUAAUACUAUUCCUAGUGUUGUAAAAAUCUGGUAGCUCUAAACAUGCACCAAUGCCUUGUAACAUUAUGUAUUUCACACUUCUCCUUUUCAAUGGAUCAGUGUUGCUGGAAAA